GGUGGUACUGGUGGUGUGUGCCCACAGGAACAACUGUUCCAGCAGAAUGAUGAUGGUAGAUCUGAAAGUGGCUGAGUACUUGAACCCUCAGAUCAGGGCUCUGUGGGAGACCAAGGGACCUGUGACAGAGAGCUCCUCUCAGAGUAAAAAAUAUACUGCACAAAUGGACAGUCUCAGUCCUGAGAGCUUUCGCCAACACUUCCGGAAUUUCCACUAUCAUGAAGCAGCUGGACCCCGUGUGGCUGUUGGCCAACUUCAGGAAUUAUGCCGUCAAUGGCUGAGGCCAGACAUACACUCAAAAGAAGAAAUCUUGGAUCUGCUGGUGCUAGAACAGUUCCUGAACAUUCUGCCCAGGGAUACUCAGACCCAGAUAAAGAAGCACCACCUACAGAGCAUUGAAGAGGCUGUGGCCUUGGUAGACCACUUGCAGAGUGAAUCUGGUCAAACGAAGACUGGGGUUGCAGUCCAUGUGCUGGGAAAGGAGGCAGUGCUCUUGGGAGAAACAGCAGAGACCUCAGGCUUCAAACUGAAGCCAGCAGAGUCCCAGCCAGUGGGCAGGUCCCAGGAUGAAGAAUUUUGGAAUGAAUAUCAGGAUCUACAACAGCUGAGCAGGAAUACUCAUAAAGAAACUGAGCCUAUGUGUGAGAGGGCUGUGCCUGCUCACCAGAUCCUAGACUUUCCUGAGCAGACAAACACCAAAGACUGGACAGUGGCACCUGAGCUCAUCUUGCCUGAGUCCCAGAGCUUAUUGACAUUUGAAGAAGUGGCCGUGUAUUUUUCCCAGGAAGAAUGGGAAUUACUGGAUAUCAGUCAGAAGACUCUCUACAAUGAUGUAAUGCAGGAAAACUAUGAGACUGUCAUCUCUCUAGCUGUGCCUACUCACCAGAUCCUAUACUUUCCUGAGCAGACAAACACCAAAGACUGGACAGUGGCACCUGAGCUCAUCUUGCCUGAAUCCCAGAGCUUAUUAACAUUUGAAGAGGUGGCCGUGUUUUUUUCCCAAGAAGAAUGGGAAUUACUGGAUCCGGGUGAGAAGGCCCUAUACAAUGAUGUAAUGCAGGAAAAUUAUGAGACUGUCAUCUCUCUAGAGAGAGAGGAAGAGAGAGGGAUAGAGCGAUAGAAACAUGGAUGAGAUUGGCUGCUUCCUGCAUGUUCCCUGACCAGGAAUUGAACCAGUGACUUCUUGGUCCAUGGGUUGAUGUUCAACCACUGAGCCACACCAACCGGGUUAAAGCAAGUUUUUGAAUAUCUGGCAAGCACAGACUUAAGUUAUGAAAAGAGGGAAGAGGAGAGAGUCUGAGCUGGAGACUUAACUGGCAAUCUAAGGAAGGAAAAUAAGUGAAACUCCAUGAAGAAAAAAAAAUAUGGACUCUGUGAAAGAGACCAGCAAAUGCAAAAUUUGGGCUCUAACGUGCAAGGAAAUAAUACUUAAACUCCAUGAAAAUCGAAACUCUCUGGCAAGUAUAUGGUCAUUCAUCAAGAAGAUGACAAGGCCAAGAGCAGAAACAACCCUUUCUAAGUAUAUUUUCCAAUCCUUUGACCAUCAGAGCAAAGAGUCUUACCAAGUAUGUUUGGGCACAGGACUGGCAGGUCAACUCCCCUAACUUCCUUCCCAUGAACCCUGUAGUCCUUUUCAUCUCUGGCUAUAUUAUCUUUAGUGGUACCUUGUCCAACCUUUGUGGACUCCCUGUUCUGCUGACUCAGCUCUCCAAACUUCAUGUAAUUUCCCUCUUGGCUAAAAACAGCAUCAUUUGCCACAGGAGGUUCAGAGAAGCUUGAAAGGGCAUCCAUUUCCUCAUAAAAGAUAUAAGGUCAGGCAAACAAUCUCUCCUCACUUUGCAGUAACCUGACUAUAGGCUUUUGAAUUUGGUGUGACACUGCUAUGGGGUCCUCAGAAAAACCUGCUCCUGGAGUUGUUCCUGCACAGCCUGUAGGUCUGGGUGUUCUGCUGAUGGGUCUGGAGUUAUGAAACAGAAUUGCUGGGAGUGGCCAGGAGUAUUUUGGUCUCAUUUCCCAAGUGUAUACCUGCACCAAUGGUCAAAGAACACAGGGAUCAUAUCAAAGGACUGGAUACCUAAAUGCAGAGUUUUAGCAACCCAACAUACGAAUUUCUCAAACAAUGCUACAACUGGCUACCAUCAUUCCUGGAAGGUAUCUCACUGUGGGCAUUUUUCCUAAAACAAAAACUUUCAAUAUCACAGACAAGAUAUCCUCUCCAACUGAGAAAGAUUGUAGUGUAUUUACUAAAGCUGCUCUUUGUAUUUCUCUUUAAUUAUCCUGAAUCCCACUCAUUUUCCCUGAAAGAGCAUUCAAUAAGGAUAGUGCUUGCCUAUCUCCACACUGGUGGGAAUCCCUGAGGGGAUGUGGCUACUUAAGAGGAUAUGGUGAACAGGCAAGACUUGGAGGCAAGCAAAGAUUCAGAGGAAAGAAGAGAUGAUCAUAGGGGACUUGUGCCUAAUCCCACUUCUGAUGCCUGAGUACCACCUGAUCUGCCCAUCACCAUCUGUUACAUCUCCUGUCAUCUUUGUAGAAGCAAGAAACUACAUCAGUUAUUAUCCCAAGGUUAGAAUAAGCAGUUACUCUAAGGAGAACAGUCUGAGGAGAGCAGUUCAGGCUGGCUGGUGAUGUGAGAUCCCUCAGCACACACUCCUGCACCCAGCUGAGGCCCAGCAUUCUUUUUAAGGGGUGCCCAUCUGGGUCAGUUGAUGAGGACUCAUUUGGCUAGAGCUAGUCCAGCACAUGCAUUCUGAUUAUAUCUGGUUGUGAUUCUCUGAAGGGCACACAGCCUCUAUCAUCACCCCUUCUAGUCCACUCUGUUCUGAGCCACCAUCUCGUAUAAGAAUUACACCAUAGCUGCAUCUUUGUGUUUUUUAACUUACUUUCAAUUACAGUUGACAACCAAUAUUAUAUUCAUUUCAGAUAUAUAGCAUAGUGGUUAGACAUUUAUAUAACAUAUAAAUUGAUCCCCCCCCCCCAUAAGUAUAGUACUCACCUGGCACCAUACAUGGUCACUAUAAUAUUAUUGACUAUAUUCCCUGUGUUGUACUUUAUAUCCCUGUUACUAUUUUAUAACAACCAUCUGUACUUCUUAACCCCUUCAUCUUUACUCACCACCUCCCAAACCUCCUCCCAUUUGGCAACCAUCCAUUUGUUCUCUGUGUUUAUAAAUGUGUUUAUUUGUUCAUUUAUUGUUUUUUAGAUUCCAC